UGCACCGCGCGUUAAUUGUUCUGUGUUCAAAACGAAUUUUCUGUUGUUUAUGCUGACUAAACAUUCAAAUUUAAAACAUUUUAUAGUUGUUGUCAGCUUGUAAAAUGACAACUUUCAGCUUAAAGGAGAUUGAAGGUGAUUUAUUUAGCGCCAGUGAUGCAUUUUCCAUGUGCCAUUGCGUGGCCGCUGAUAUGCGUAUGGGCAAAGGAAUAGCUGUAAAAUUCCGCAACAAGUUUGGCCAACUGGCGCAGCUGCAGAAACAAAAUGUUCAACCAGGUGGUGUGGCUAUUUUGCAGCAUCAGCAACGCUACAUCUAUAAUCUGGUUACCAAACAGAGCAGCUGGGGAAAGCCCACCUAUCAGCUCUUGCACAGCUCCUUAAGUGCCAUGCGCCAGCAUAUGCUCGCACAUCGUGUUACUAAAUUGGCACUGCCACGUAUUGGAUGCGGCCUCGAUGGUCUGGCCUGGCCCAAAGUAAAAGACAUGCUUGUUGACAUUUUUGAAGCAGAUGCUGUUGAACUAGUUGUCUAUAAUUAUGUACCAGUGGCACAAAAAUAAAAUUGGCAAUCAAAAUGUAA